CAACUUAGUUCAACCAAAUUGCUCUGUUGAACUUAACUUGCAUGCAUAAAUACAAUACAACCAUGAAUCAAAACCCCAACUCUUUCAAUCCAAAUCCAAUUCAUCUUCUUCUUCUUCUUCAAUCACUCUCUACAAAUUUUCUGGUCUAAGUUAACAAACAAACAACACAACACACAGUUGUACAAUACCACCAUUCAAUUCAAUUCAGCGGGUCCGGUGCUUCUCCGGGCCCACCACCGGCGCCACCACCACCACCAUUACCAUUGCUAGGGUUCUUCUUCUUUUUCUCUCUUCGUUCAAUUCAAUUUUGCUGCAAACUGAAGAAGACAUCGAUCGAUGGGGUCGAAACCGUGGCUGCAUCCUGCUCCUCCUUACCGACCACUUGAAUCGCACUGGGACACCGAUGAAGACGAUCCUGGUCCUCGCUGUGGUCACACGCUCACUGCUGUAGCCGCCACCAAGUCGCGCGGUCCGCGCUUAAUCCUCUUCGGCGGCGCCACCGCCAUUGAAGGAGGAUCUACUUCAGCUCCCGGCAUUCGAUUGGCUGGAGUAACGAAUUCCGUGCAUUCUUAUGAUGUUCAAACGAAGAAAUGGACUCGUCUUAAACCGGCCGGAGAGCCGCCGUCUCCUCGGGCUGCCCAUGCUGCCGCGGCAGUUGGUACCAUGGUCGUUUUUCAGGGUGGGAUUGGUCCUGCUGGACAUUCGACUGAUGAUAUCUAUGUGCUGGACUUGACCAAUGACAAAUACAAAUGGCACAGAGUCGUUGUACAAGGGAUAGGACCGGGGCCUCGCUACGGACAUGUAAUGGACUUGGUUGCUCAGAGAUAUCUCGUCACUGUCAGUGGAAAUGAUGGAAAACGAGUUGUAUCUGAUGCUUGGGCUUUAGAUACUGCUCAAAAACCUUACGCGUGGCAGAGGCUGAACCCAGAGGGUGAUAGACCUUCUGCUAGAAUGUACGCAACUGCUAGUGCCCGCUCAGAUGGGAUGUUUUUACUAUGUGGUGGAAGAGACGCUUCGGGAACUCCACUAGCAGAUGCCUAUGGACUACUCAUGCAUAGGAACGGGCAGUGGGAAUGGACCCUUGCACCUGGAGUUUCCCCUUCACCGAGAUAUCAGCAUGCCUCGGUUUUUGUUGGUGCACGAUUACAUGUUACAGGAGGUGUUCUCAGGGGUGGGCGAUCUGUGGAAGGAGAAGCAUCUGUUGCAGUAUUGGACACUGCUGCUGGGGUUUGGUUGGACAGAAAUGGCAUUGUGUCCUCCUCCCGCUCAAACAAAGGUCAUGAUCAUGACCCUGCUUUGGAGCUUAUGCGUCGUUGCCGCCAUGCAGCAGCAGCUGUUGGUGUUCAAAUCUAUAUCCACGGCGGUCUUAGAGGAGAUACACUACUAGAUGAUUUCUUAGUGGCUGAAAAUUCGCCAUUUCAGCCUGACAAUUCUCAUGCGUUAACAGCUGAGAGAACAUCACCUCUUACAAGUCCCAAAUACAAUCAGUCUAACUUCAGCUUGGAUGGUACACAAGACGGACCCUCGUCUGGCGGCUCAGGGAUGGACAAACAUUCGAUGGAGAAACUGAGGGAGGCAUCAGCUGCUGAAGCUGAGGCAGCGAGUGCGGUCUGGCAAGCUGUGCAAGCUAUAUCUGCGGAAGAAACUUCUGUGUCAGAUGACAACUCACAAGCUGCAGAAACCGUUUCAGAUGGAAGCGAUACAGAGGGAGAUGUUCACCUUCAUCCUAGAGCUGUUGUAGUUGCGAAAGAAACUGUAGGUAACCUAGGUGGAAUGGUGAGACAAUUGUCUCUGGAUCAAUUUGAAAAUGAAAGCAGACGCAUGGUUCCCAUGAAUAAUGAUUCGCCUUAUCCUACGAAAAAAUUCACCAGGCAGAAAUCCCCUCAGGGUUUGCAUAAAAAGAUAAUUUCGACUUUGCUCAGGCCUCGCAACUGGAAAGCUCCUGUUAACAGACGGUUCUUCUUGGAUUCGUAUGAAGUGGGUGAGCUUUGCUAUGCUGCUGAGCAAAUAUUUAUGCAGGAACAAACUGUUCUUCAGCUAAAAGCUCCAGUCAAAGUAUUUGGUGAUCUUCAUGGUCAGUUUGGUGAUUUGAUGCGGCUAUUUGAUGAAUAUGGAUUUCCUUCAACUGCUGGAGACAUCACGUAUAUUGAUUACUUGUUUUUGGGAGAUUAUGUUGAUCGAGGACAGCACAGCUUGGAAACCAUUACCUUGCUACUUGCUCUUAAGAUCGAAUAUCCUGAGAAUGUUCAUUUGAUACGUGGAAACCAUGAAGCUGCUGACAUAAAUGCACUAUUUGGUUUUCGCAUAGAGUGCAUUGAGAGAAUGGGAGAAAAUGAUGGAAUAUGGGCAUGGACGCGAUUCAAUCAACUUUUUAACUUUCUUCCACUAGCUGCUCUUAUUGAAAAGAAAAUUAUCUGUAUGCAUGGUGGGAUUGGAAGAUCUAUCAAUUCGGUAGAACAGAUAGAGAAGCUUGAGAGGCCCAUAACAAUGGAUGCAGGAUCCAUCAUUUUAAUGGACCUUUUGUGGUCUGAUCCCACAGAAAAUGAUAGUGUAGAGGGUUUGAGACCAAAUGCUAGAGGGCCAGGGCUUGUCACUUUUGGGCCUGAUCGUGUCACAGACUUCUGUAAGAGAAAUAAAUUACAGCUCAUAAUAAGGGCCCAUGAAUGCGUCAUGGAUGGUUUUGAGCGAUUUGCCCAGGGACAAUUAAUCACCCUUUUUUCCGCAACUAACUAUUGCGGAACUGCAAACAAUGCGGGAGCUAUACUGGUAAUUGGUAGGGGUUUGGUUGUGGUUCCAAAGUUGAUUCAUCCUAUACCACCUCCCCUUCAGUCACCUGAAACAUCUCCAGAGCGUGUGAUGGAUGAGACAUGGAUGCAGGAACUUAAUAUUCAGAGGCCGCCAACUCCUACUAGGGGUCGACCACAGCCUGACCUUGAUCGUGGCUCUCUAGCAUAUAUAUGAUGUAGUUUAUGACAUGAAAUACAGUUUGGGGAUUUCUCAUCCAGCCUCGAUAUCCGCCCGCCAAAUGUUCUGUUUGUAUAUCUCCUGUUGUUGACAGAAAACAUGUUUUGUACAAUGUUUUUUCUUUUUCUGUAGUUGUAGAUGAUCAUAGUCUCAUUACUUUGCAAAUAGCUUGAGAGAGUGCAUUCUUAUUGUUAGACUAUCUUGUGUAGAUUGGGUUUAUAAGGGCUCUGGACGAGGAUAAAGUUGCAGAGAUGUUGUGAGUGUCUUAUACCCCUCAAUAUAGGGAUGACUUUUAGUGAGGGAAUAAUUUGGCUGAUUAGUUUGUAUAUUGUAUCAUAAAAAAUAUUCAUAGUUUUUAUUUUAUAUACAUUUUUAUAGCAUUUGAA